AUGGUGACAGUUAAAACUUUUAAAGAUUACUAUUCUGAUAAUCUGAAUGCACUAUUGGGUUUCGCGGACAGUUAUACGUUGGCAACUGUUGCAAAAGUUACUGCUGGUUUACCGGACGGUUUACCAAUCGUUACAACUGCUGGACGUGUUUCAGCAUUAGGCGUCAAAUCUGAAUAUCCAUAUUUGACGCGUCUGAUGGGCAGUUGGGAUCAACUGGCAGCUGGUGUUUAUAAAUUUUUACAGAUUGAUAAAUUAACAGAAACCUCAACGUUAUAUAAUAUUGGUUUCUUCCUUCAUGAUCCAAAACGAUCACCAAAAGCAAAAAAAGCUGCCGAACAAAAUGAAGUGUCGAGCGACUGUUAUUUUGCUAUGCACGGUAUUAAACAGUAUUUUGUCGAUCACAAUCAAAAGUAUCGUGAAAAGUGGCGAAGAUAUAUACCAACAUCAAUUUUUGAUGAGCAAUACUUGGACUCAAAAACAAUUCAAAAAUUGCUCAAAGAGCUGACAACAAUAUCAAAUACAAUACUGCUUUGUGGUUCGCCAAAGACAGUUCGCAACGUAAUGAAAGAAGCCGAAAAUUUGGGAUUAACAACAUCUGGAAACUUUUCAUUCUACAAUAUCGAUUUAGGCGCUACACCAACUGCUUCAGACAAUAACGACCGAAUGCCACAGUAUUCUUCAGGCCUACAAUCACUGAGAACAAUUGGUUUUCGUCGAUUCUAUGAUAGUAAAUACUAUGAAACUGAACAGCGGAUUCGUGAUCGAGCUGAAAACUUCUAUAAUUAUGGUGCUAAAUAUGGUAAACCAUAUAGAACAAAUGACUUUAUAAUGUCUUUCUAUGAUGCUGUUAUGCUUUAUGCAAAAGCGUUAAACCAAAGUUUAGCCAGUGGUCAACGAAUACAGGAUACAUCAUUGUUGACAAAAACUAUGUGGAACCUAAAUUUUAACGGUAUUAUCGGCAACGUUUCAUUCAAUGAACGUGGUGAUAAAAAAAUGCAAACUGUUCUUUCCACCUACAGUCCUGUUCGGCAGCGUUUUACUGAUGUUGCAACCUAUUCAGAUGCCGAUGAUCGACUGCAGAUUAUUGAUGCCUUACUUUUCAAGUCUACUGUUCCAAAAAUAUCAGCAGCUAACAGUGCUCCUGCAAUUCCGUCGGUUAGUUUGGAUACUCAAUCGACGCUUGAUCGACGCUUCAAUUAUGAGCCAAAAUUGGUGGUUAUUGUUGUGUUGGCAUUGACAAUGACUGUAAUUUUGAUUGUUGCAAUCAGCCGUGAUCGUAGUCAACGGGCUCAACUAUCAAAGCUUCGAUCCGGUUUUGAUGGUAAACUGCUACAUCAACAGUUUUUGGAUGCCGAAAAAGAUGCAUUGAUGGUAUGGCAGAAGACAUCAUUAGCCAACAAUCCUCUGAUUAAACUGCACGUUACUAACGAUAGUAACUGUUAA